GACGUGGUAACGACCUGCGACAACUAGCGGCUCGUAUGAGAAGCUGUCGAACCACACUGACAGCUUCGCGACAGCUGAUAAACAUAAAUAUAACCUAUAGAGAUUUGACAAUGCCGAUGAUUCCGAAUACCUUGAAUUUUCGAAAUUUACCUAGAUUCUAUUCGUUGUAUAAGUUAAUAAAAAUGAGGAAAAAAUCAGUGAUUUUUGUUGUAUUGCAAAAUUUUUUUAAUCCUUUGAGUUUCGCAUUUUUCCGCGAGCGAUAACAGUUGGAAUAAUCUACUCGUGAACGUUGUUAUUGGUUGCUCUGACAAAAUGUAGAACGAUGCGUCAGGAAAGACUGGAAGCGCCGGUAGGAUGGAUUCUGCCAGAAGUCUCACUAUAGCCGGUGCUCCGACAGACCGUGAGAGCGACGAAGAUCUUUCCUCAGAUUCACUUGUGAGACAAAACUUUGAGCUGCGUCAUAGAUUGGAAGAGGAGGCAACGAGCUACAAAAGACGAUUGGAAACGUAUCGUCAGGCCCAGCAACAUCAGGCUGUUCUAGUAUCACGACUCCAAGCCAAGGUGCUCCAAUACAAGCAGAGAUGUUCGGAAUUGGAGAAUCAAAUGGCAGAGUCACUGGCUCCAGAAGUCUCAAGAGUUUCCAUGACCGGUGGAACACCAAGUACAGCUUUGGACGCUGCUCAUCAAACGUUGCGAGAUCUGCGCGACGAGCAGAUACAAGACAUCGAGACUGCUCUGAGGAAAUUGGCAGAUGAAAGAAGAAGAUCAGAGAAACUUUUAGAGGUAAACGCUGCUCUAAAGAGUCAAUUGGAAGAGUCGCACCGUACGAACGAAGCGCUGACGAACGAUUUACAAAAGUUGAGCAAUGAUUGGGAAAUUUUGCGUGAGGAAAUGGCAAUAAAGGAGGAAGAAUGGAAAGAGGAGGAAUUGGCAUUCAACGAGUAUUACACUUCGGAGCACAAUCGUCUUUUGAAUUUAUGGCGCAAUGUUGUUUCCUUGAAACGUAUAUUCUCUGACAUGAAAUCAACGACCGAGAGAGAUCUCGGAAAGUAUCAGACCAAAUUAUCAAGCUUGACAAACGAGAUGAACACCGCGUGCACCAGCGUCAAUAUGUCAAUGAAGAUGCUGGCUUCAACGUCCGAACAAACGAUAUCGAGGCAAUUCCAACAAGGCCAAGUCGCUUCAGAUAUGAAAGCGGAGAUGAACGCAUUGAAGCAGCAGCAUGAGAGUGCGUUGAACGAAAUUCGGAUAAAAGAAGAGAGAAUAAAUCAACUUAUACGCGAAAUACACAACUUGGAAGAAAGAUGCGGUGAAGCAGAGAUUGGAAUGGGACAAGCUGCCAAAAUUCAGGAAGACAGCGAAAUACUGGAAUCUGCUUUGCGUGAUAUUGCACACGCGGUUAUCCAAGAUGCCGAGUCACGCGAUAUCGAGAGUUCCCAAGCUCCUCCGCACGUACAUCUGUCACCAAGCAGUGCUCGACCACCGCGAUCACCAAAAAGAAGCUCAAGAGGCAAUACUGUGCCCGCUUUUGCUGAAAGUACAAUUAGCGCGGUGCAAGCCGCUCUUCACAAAUAUCAAUUAACCAUACACGAGCUUCAGGUGAAAUUACAAACGAGCAAGGAGCAGCUGACGAUAACUAGAAAACAAUGCGACACGGCCGAAGAAAAUGUACAAAUGCUCGAGGCAAAAGCAACGGAAUUGAUAAUCCAAUUGGACUCAGUUAAGGCUCAAUCGGCGUUGUUCAUGCAGGAGAAAGAUACGCUACAAAAGUCUUCGGACAGUCUCCGAACGGAAAAGAAUAAUCUCGAGAAAAACAAAAUCGAAAUGAGUCAUACCAUCGAAACUCUUAACGUCGAGUACGAUAAAUUGCAAAAGAUGAACAACAAGUUGCAAAAACUGUGCGAUAGCCUCGAGGACGAUAAAAUUUAUUUGCAAGGGGAACUCGAUAGAAUAAACAAAGAUUCUGAAUUGCGAGAAAUGAGCUUCCGCUCGGAGGAAGAACGGUGCAGUCGGUUGAGAGAAGAACUGCUUUCAUUGCGCGAAGAAUUGAGUCGAACUCAUUUGUCCAAAGACAUGCUGGAACAACAGAAAAUUGAGACCGAUAGUUUGAUAGCCCAAAUCGAAAAGAGUAAAGUUGACAUCGAAUUGGAGCUCGAACGGGUUCUCCUUGAAAAGGCUGAUGUUCAGGACGAUUUGAUGAAACUCGAAACAAUAUGCGCCAAUCACGAAAACGAUAAAGCACGAUUGCAGGAGGAAGUUAAAAAGUUGGAGGAAGAAAAAGCGAAGCUGGCGAGUCAAUCAACGGACCAACAGGGCGAUCUUAGUUCUCUGAGGAAAGAACUUUUGCAGGCUGAACAAACCCGGCUCGAUCUUGAAUCCGACAAAGUUACGUUAAACGAAAAAAUAAAAUUUUUAGAAAUUGAAAAGGAGAAGGUGGAGAUGGAAUUGGGUCAAGUGUCACGUGAACGUGGCGAUUUGAGCAAUCAAUUGUCCGUCAUGGCACGCAAGAAAGAAACGUUGAACGAAGAAUUGAUGAGAAUUCGACAACGUCUUGAACAAGCGAACGAAAUGAACGCGAGAAUCAAUCGAAAUUUGGAAGAUCUGGUCAAAGACAACGAAGAGAAACAAGUGUUAUUGGAAACGAAUGAGAAAGAAUUCCAACGUAUCCAAGAAAUGUUAGCAUCGAUGAGAAGCGAGAAGGAGGCACUGGAGGGAGUACUUUUCGAUACACAAACCAAUUUGGAAGCGACGCACAUAAAAAAAGUGCAAUUGGAGAAAGAACAGCAGGAAUUAAUGGUGAAGCAGGAAAGCUUGAAAGGACAAAUUUCAAGACUGGCAAGAGACUUGGAGACCAGUGAGAAACGAUCGCAGGAAAUGAAAAUUAAUCUCACACAGCAGAGAGGCAAUCAGGAGACAGAAUUCAAGCAGAUUAUUGCUAAUCUGAAAAAACAGAACGAGGAUAAUAUCAAGAAAUUGUUAGACGAAAAAGAACAAGUUCGUUUGUCUUUGGAAAAACGUCUCCAGCAAACCGUUGGUCAGCUUUCUGGUCAAAAGGACGACGAGAUAAAUCAGUUACAGCAACGAAUCGAAGAGCUUCAGCAACACAUUGAAAAUUUAGCGGAGCAACACGAGGAAGUGCUGUUGCGUGCGGAGAACGACAAACAGCAAGCUCUUCUGAUCGCUCACCACGACCAGCAGGCACUGAUGGAGAAGUUGGAGAACGUGUACCGCGAAUUGGAGGAGGAGCGAGGAAACUUGGAGCGUGCACGUCGAGAAGCGAUUGCACGGUCGGAACAGGAUCGCAACAAUUUGAAUCAAUUGCGCGACGAGUUGAACCGUUCGCGUGCGCGCUUCGACGAAACAAAACUGCGGACGGACGAAGAGAAACUGAAAUUAGAAUUAAAGAUCGAAGAUACAAUGGCAGAGCGAGAAGCAACGCAGAAGGAAACGGAAGAAUUGCGGGUGCAAUUGCACGUGGCGGAGGAUCGAAUGGACAACGUGUCGCAACAGCUUCAAGAAACGUGUCGGAAGCUCAAAGAUUCGGAAAACACUCAAGAUUCACUGAGGAAAGAGCUUAUCGACGUACGUCGCCAGUUGGCUGACUCGAACUUCGCGAUGGACAAAUACAACAGUACGAACAAAGAAUUACGCGAGCACGUUAAGCGUAUAGAGAGCGAGAAGAGGGAACAGAGCAGAGCGAUGGAGGAGAGUUAUCAGAAGGUAGCUUCGUUGGAAGACGCGAGGGCGGCGAUGGACGCGGAAAAAACACGUCUCCAGUCGUUGAUACGCGAGUCCGAGCACGAAACGUUGCAGCUGCAGCAACAAAUACGUUUCCUGCAGGAAGAGCUCCAAAAGAGUCAAGCGCAAAACGCUCAGGGUCAACAAGACGAGCGAGAGCUGCAGGCUCGUUUAUCGAACGAGUGCGAAGAGAGAGAACGCGUGCAGCUGCAAUUGCAUCAGCUGAAGAAGCAAGUCGUUGAUUUGGACAACAGUCUCGAGGUGACGAGGCAAGAAUUGGGAAGAUUGCGAUCUCGUGCUGACGAGGAGGACGAACGGUGGCGGGGACGCGAGCAAGAGUUGCUUGUUCGUCUCGAAGACGCGCGUUGUCGGGAACGCAAGCUCGAGGAUCAGAAACACAACUUGGAGGUUUGCUUGGCCGACGCUUCGCAGCAGAUACAGGAGUUGAAAGCGCGCCUUGGAGGGUCCGAGGGUCGGGUUCGAGCCCUGGACGUGCAGCUCUCGCAGUUGGAAACCGCGAAGAAAGAAGUCGAGCAAAAAUUGAGCAGCGUAGCCUCGACUCUGCGUCGCAUCGCUGGAAUUCAAAUGGACGGAAGUGUCAAUAUGCCUUUCAAACUGACGAGUCCAUCCAGAAGAUGGAGUCCCGCUCGUGGGGGUUUGCAUCAGCCACAGGACCAUGAAACCGGACGGGAAGUCGUACUGGACGUUGAUCCCGAGCUCGUGAGAAAAGGGGUCAGAUCCCUGAUGCAACAGGUGGCGCAAAUCGAGCGGGAGCGAGAUGAUUCUCGAAUCGAGCUGCUCGGCUUGAAAAAACAACUUGCCGAAGCACUCGAUUGUCAAGCCAAGUCAGAAGCUAAACUCGGCCACGUCAGUUCGACUAUUCGUAAUCUUCAAGAAGAAAAGGGCAGCCUCGAGGCUAAGAUUGCCCAAAAACUCGCCGCUUCGGAGUCCCAGUCGGAGAAUCUACGACAAAAAACAGAAGAAGCCGAGAGUUUGAGAGAACGCGUUACCAGCCUCGAGCUCAUUGUGAACAGCGAGUCCGAGGAGAAGGCACAGUUCGAGGAUAAACUUGACAAGAUGAAACAAUCUCUCAAUCGUUUGGAAAAUGAAAAACGAUGCUUGCAGGAAGAAUUGGCGAGAAACGAAUCCAGAGCGACGAAAUUGGAACUCGCUCGUAUGUCACUCGAAGGCGAUCUCCAAAGAUUACAAAUGAUUCUACAGGAGAAAGAUGGCAAUUUGCAAAAAUUGCAAGAUCGCAUGGAAGCACAAUCGAGAACGACCACGAGUCUCGAGGAACGUUGCGCUUCCUUGAAAUCUACCAUUGAACAGCUUAACAUUGCGCUUGAAAGAUCGUCCCAAGCUGAAACUGAGUACAAGAGCGAAAUCGAAGUACUCCGACGCUCGCUCAUGGAAUGCAAUGCUCUUUCACAAUCUAAUUGCGAAAAACUUAAAUUAGUUCAAAAACAACUAUCCUCCACCGAGAAUGAACGUCGUGUUUUGUCCGAGAGAUUGGAAUCUGCUCAAAAAGCUCUCAGCGACUUGAAACACUCGAAUCAAACGCUCAACGAUCAAAAUUUACGAUUACAAAACGAUCUCGCUAAUAACGAGGUUCAGAGAUCCGGUCUCGAAGCGCAGCUCAGACUCGCCAGUUGGCCUCAGGAUUCUUCUACCAACAAAGAUGAAGAACUCGCUCGACAAUUGCAUACCGCUCAACGCGAAAGAAGCGAAAUGAGAGGCAAAGUUGACGCCCUCAGUGACAAAGUGAGAUUGCUUGAAGUCGAUAAGCGAAACUUGGAACGACAGUUAUCUUCGGCGAGGACUAGCAGCGGAGUUCGUAGUAAAAGUUACGAGCGUCCGGAAAAAGCACACUCCGAAUUGAUGGGUUCUAACAUAAACAGCGAUCACUUGGAACAAGAAAAUCGUGACUUGCGUCUUCGAAUCCGAAGACUCGAAACGCUGUUAGCCGAAAAAGAAGCGGAACUGUUACGUCUCAAAUCGAGUCAUUCUCAUUCUCACUCCAUUCUCGAUUCGCACUCUAGUCGAGAAAGAAUGGCCGAAAUUGAACGUCUUAGAGCAGCACAAUUACAGGCAGAAAAAUUGCUAGAAGCUCGAGAACAAAGUCAUCGGCAGCAAGUCCUGAGACUCGAGAGUCAGAUUCACAUGUUAAGGGAACAAUUGAAUCAAGAAAUCAAAAGGCGCCAGCUUUACGUGCUACGAAGUUCUCGAGCAGGAAGAGAAAUGCAACAUUUGCGUCAAGCCUUGGGAGAUUCAUUGAGAACGGUCUCGCAGGAUCCGUCUUUGGAUGCGAUGCUGUUGGAGCACGAGGCACGAAAAUUAGAUUCGACGGUAACCAGUACAGCGAGUUUACCGCCUUCUUUGGCACUGCCACCGCCGCCCUCGUACGACAGAAGAUCGCCAACCCCUUCGCCCCUCAAGUAAUUUAUUUCUUCCUUUACGGUCCCGAAUCUUCCCUGUCUUUCUUCCCCACGUCCCACCGUUUUUAUUUUUUCUAAUUCUAAUCAUUGUUCAAAUGUGUUAUAUCAUUCUUAGGUUUAGGGCUCAUCUAGUUUGUUGAUAUUUUUCCCAAGACUUGUGUUACGCCUAAAAACAUGCAUAAAUUAUCAAAUCCAGUUCUUCGAUUACAAAUCAAGUCCGUUCCGCGUCUUUGGCCAACGAGUCAGCAACUUUUUUCCAUUUUUUCGUAUUUACGACUAUCAUGAUUUCAAUUCGGUAUGUUCAGCUGUUUUCAAAAAAUAGUUUCAUAUAAAAAAAUAUACAUGAAAAAUCAUUUUUAGGAUCAACGACGUCAAUUGUAAAUGAACGGCUAUUUGACGCAAAAAUGAUUUGUUUAUCGAAUGAAAUGAUAGCAUCAACCUGACUGGACGAAAAAAUAUUGAAUUGCGACUUUAAGUAAAGAGAAUCCGUCCACCGUCAACGCGUCGCAUUUCAUAUCGUACCGAUCCACGGUUAUUAAUACUUUUUCAUCAUUUCCACAGUACAAAAAUAUCCGUACAUCGAACAGUAUUGUUUAAGUAUUCGAUCGAUGAUUUCAAACGAUCCGAGUAUCUUUAGUGUUUUAAUACUUUUGUAAACGUUCGACGAAUCGAUGUCAAAACCGCAUCAAGUCCAAUCUUAAUGAAUUUGAAAGAGAAAGUAACGAAUAGUCAUAACUUUUGUAUGUAGAAAAACGAAGAAUCCGUCCAUUAGUUGCAACUUGCAAUAUUAAGUUUAAUAAUCGUUGACCAUUUUAUCGGGGAUACAUUUCAAGGUAUAUGUGAUUAUACCCUGCCUAAUGAUCCGUACAACGGAGAGCUUUCAAUGGGGGACUAGAGGCGAAAGAGAGAGAGAGAAAAGAUGAAAAAGAACGAAGAAGAGUCAAGAAAAGAAGAAAAUGCUACGCUUGGUCUCGUCGCGAGACCAAAGCCUUGAAUGAAGCAUGCGAUUCGUAGAGAUUAAGAUUUAGAGAUACGAAAAAGGUAAGCCUUAGGCGAAUUGAAGCGAUCGGUAGUGGGAAAAAAAGAAGCGCGGAAUAUUGGGAAACCCUGAUAAUCCAGCGAGCGAUCGAAAUUUCAUUUUAAUUUCGAAAUUAGCGACGAAACAGCACGAAAAAAAGAGUCUUCCGACUUUUUCGAAGCCGGAAUACAAAAGAGUAGAAAAAAGAGCAAAGCAACGACAUAAAAGAAAAUGAGCAACGAACGUAGAACACGUAGAGAGUAAGGAAACGACUGUGUUGGUUCUCUUAUCCUGAGAAUAACAACAUCCAGUCGAAAAUGUUAGGAUGCCACGAAUAAAGCUGGCUGUCCCUGCCUUACGGGUCAUUCAAGGUCCAAAAACUAAAAGAUUCAACCAAUCUUGAUGCAUUCAAAGUUCUAUAUACGUUUUUCAAGCUCUCGCACUAAUCGAAUGACUGAAAUAUAUAGUCGAUCGGAGAGAGCUUUAUAUACCCCGAAACACUGCCAUUUAGAUGGAAAUAGCGUAAGCAGGAGCAACGUCAUCGAACAUCGCUAACCAAGUAUAAUCACGAGUCAAGUUGUCAUUUAUGAUUUAUUUAUUUAUUUUUUUUUUUUCGUAUCUCGUCGUUUUGUUUUGUCAGGCGAACAAUUUAGGUCUCAUGUUGAUAAUAAUCGAUAUGAUCGAAGCGUUAAACGAGGCGAGGAUUUUCCAAAGGCACACGCCAAUGUUGAAUGUUAUUGCUCUGUUCAUUAUUGAGAAUCGUCGCGAUUAAUGUAAAUCGGUGGCAAUGAAACCGACAUCGAGACGAAAUUCGUAGAGCUUUAUCGUAGAGAAACAAAAUAUCUAUAAUUAAACAAAAAUAAAUAACGUGUCUAUGAA